AUGGUCCAAAAUAGACAGAUCCAGAUUAAACCAUAAUUAAAAUUUGUCCAGAUGGGUGAACCCAAUUAUAUCCAUGGGCAAUAUUGGACUUAACCACUUGGACAAUGGGCGGUCCAAUAAACUUAAAUGUGUAGGGUUUGGGAAAUUGAGAGAAAACACAAAUCACUUCUUUUUUCUUCCCGUCUCACUCUUGCGAUUUUUCUUUGUGUUUGAUUCUUCUUCUCCGAAUCCUCGUCUUCGAUUCUUCCUCUUCGUGUUCGAUUCUUCUUCCUCGUUUUCGUUCUUCUUCGAUUCUCUUUCGGUUCUUCUUCACCGACUUAUGAUUUCAUCAUCUUUUAAGGUUUGGUUUCGUGAUUUGUGUUAUGGGUUUUCACUAUUAGCUAUUGGUUCGUAUCAUCUACUAAUAUUGUGUUAUGGGUUAUGUAUUAGACGGAUCGGUGAUUUGUGUUCAUAACGAAGCUGGUGGCGAGUUUGGCGACUGUUUCUGUUUCCGCAAGUCAGACGAAAUCAUGGAUCUUUUGAACUUAUCUUGUGUUUUUUAUAACUUUGAAACAUGAAGUUUAAAACAUAAAGUUUAAGUAUAUGGCAUCUUUAAAAUUGAAAACUUAAGAAUCUUUAAAUCUUUAAAACUUAAAUUAUGUUGUUUACAUUAAGUGGGCGCAUGAGCCGCCCAUGGAUAGCCCAACAAAUCAUGGUCUUAUUUGGUUAUGGUCUCAUUUGGAUAUGGUUUUAUUUGGGCUUCGAUCAAAACUGUCCAGCAAAAAAUGAAGCUCAUUCGGACACACCUAAACCCGCCCAGCCCGUCCAUUUGACGUCUCUAUCCCGUCUCCUUCGUAGAUCUUCUGUUUCGGAUUUUGGAAGGAGAAGAGAGCUGCCACACGAUGAUGGAGAAACAACACCAUUGCUGCAUUUACUCGAAGAUGUGACUUCUGUUUGGACUACUAUUGUUGCUAUUGUCCACGCUCUGUGGCUAAUGAUCCGGAUCAGACCCCAAGUGAUUCUUUGCAAUGGUCCUGGGACCUGUAUUCCUCUCUGUGUGAUCGCUUUCCUGUUCAAGGUGCUGGGAAUUAGAUGGUCAUCCAUCUUUUAUGUUGAGAGUGUAGCAAGAGUUAAGAAGCUCUUUUUAAGUGGAUUGCUUCUGUAUAACUUAAGGAUGGCUGAUCAGUUCUUUGUUCAAUGGCCACAACUCCAAAAGAACUACCCUCGUGCUCACUAUGUUGGCUGCCUCAUGUAAAGCUGAUUUUCGGAACACAUAUAUUUUCUACAAAUAACUUUGAAUAGCUACAAAGCGCCUACACUCUCUCUCUCUCUCUCUCUCUUUAUAUACAAGAGUCAUUUUCGACAAUCA